GGAGCGGCGGGCUGAGCGCACCGUGAGCCGCAUGAGGCGCUUCCCAGCGACGCACAUGAAGCCGGACUGAACGCAGCUUGACCGUUUUCUCCACGCUUCUCGGUGUAUUUUCUCUAUCUUUGAUAAACGCAUGUCUUAUUCGGAGAAAAGUGGACAUUUUUUAAACUUUCUUUUGCCUAAAACGCACUGACUGCCUUCAACUUGAUUUGAACCACACCAAGGUUUAAAAUGAACGAAGGACCUGAUAACAACUCGACUCAACUGUAUGAUAACUGGACGUUUUACAACUCCUCCGUGGAGUACGUCAUACCCAGGAACAACAUCACAUAUGUUGGAUUUUACCUGCACCAGCCGUCCACGGCGGCCAUCUUCAUCGUGUCCUACCUGCUCAUCUUCCUCGUGUGCAUGGUGGGGAAUGCAGUGGUUUGCUUCAUCGUGCUGCGGAGCAAAAACAUGCGAACUGUUACCAACUUGUUCAUUCUAAACCUUGCUGUGAGUGACCUCCUGGUUGGGAUUUUCUGCAUGCCCACAACUCUGCUGGACAACAUAAUUACAGGAUGGCCUUUUGGAAGCCUGGUAUGCAAAAUGAGCGGCAUGGUUCAAGGGAUCUCCGUGUCAGCAUCCGUCUUCACUCUGGUCGCUAUUGCCGUCGACAGAUUCAGAUGCAUCGUCUACCCGUUCAAGCAGAAGCUGACCAUAUCCACAGCCACCUUGAUAAUAGUCAUUAUCUGGGUUCUGGCCAUAUCCAUCAUGUGUCCCUCUGGGGUGAUGCUUCAAGUGACCAAGGAGCAAACCAUCCGCGUGCUACUGGGCUAUGACAACAAAACAACUCCUUUUUACUGGUGCAGGGAGAACUGGCCCAACCAAGACAUGAGGAAGAUUUACACCACUGUCCUGUUUGCAAAUAUCUACCUUGCCCCUCUCUCCCUGAUUGUGAUCAUGUACGCCCGGAUCGGCAUUACGCUUUUCAAAACGGCGGUUCCGACGGGAGGAAAGCCGGGCCAUGACAGCCGCCACACUGUGUCCAAGAAAAAGCAAAGGGUGAUUAAAAUGCUUCUAAUAGUUGCUCUGCUCUUCAUCCUUUCCUGGCUGCCACUGUGGACCCUCAUGAUGCUGAGCGACUAUGCUAGCCUGACUGAGCAGCAGUACAGAAUCAUCAACAUUUACAUCUACCCCUUUGCCCACUGGCUAGCCUUCUUCAACAGCAGCGUCAACCCCAUCAUCUACGGCUUCUUCAACGAGAACUUUCGCAGAGGAUUUCAGGCGGUGUUCAAGUUCAGCCUGUGCGCGGCGGACGGACAGCGGAGGAAAACCUAUUCGCACAGGCUGCAGGGAAACUCUGUGCUCCCAGCUAACAAUGUACAAACCUCUCUGGAACCUAUUUCUCUCAACAGCCUGGAUAAGAACAUACCCAGGCGAACCAAUCACGCCACGGAGCAGGACUUGGUCAUGGAGGACCUGGAAAAGGGAUCCUGCAGCAGCGGCGGUGUGACUGCAGUGUCUAUUUGAAGACGCACACAUUCUUCAAGGUGAUAAGGAAAGAUUCCCAAACCCAAGUCCUCACUGUGCCUAAGUAAACUGCAAGGCUCAUUAGAAAAGCUUUGAAAAGCUGAUGUUUAUAUGUAAUUUACCCAAGGCGAUUUCAGUGCCGUGAAAUCAGAUGAAACUGAAGAAAAGAGAUGUAAAGCAGUAAUUUAUCCCUUUCAUUUAGCAAGCCACUCCACAGCGAUAACUCUGGAAAUAAACACACGUCUUUAGAGGAAAUGCUCCCUUUAGAUGUUAAUCUUUACUCAUCACCUUUAAGGCAAACAAUGUAUGUUGCACAUACUGUGUUAAAACUUAAAGCAGGUUGUGCUGUUGGGAUUGUAGCUAUCAACAAAGGGAGAACAAGACAGAAAGCUCCUGUUAUUUGGUGCAAAUUCAACUAAAACCAGUUGAUAGUGCACUGAUAACAGGCUACUGUCUUACUCCAUGAAAUACCUUAAAAAAUCGUAUGUAUAAAUGUAUAAAGAUGCAUCAGACAUGUAGAUUAUGUACUAUGAUACAUGCAGAGCAGAUUUUAAGUCACUUCUACAAACAGAAUUCUAGUCAUCAUUCACUGCUGUUAAGAAUCACAUGUACAGCAGUAAAUGUGACACAUUAAUGGAAAAAACAAUAUGUGGCCUGCAAAAAAAAGUUGCUUCAUCUAUAAAGCACACUUAAAUAAUAAAACAAUGCACACAAGGCCUGAGGGUCAAACGGCUCAAACUUGAAAAACAAAAGCAGGAGCUGAAACAUUUACACAUCUGUAAUAAUGGUUUUUCACACCAACAACUGUCUGUAUAAUAAGUGCAGAACUUAAACCACAAGAGAUUAUUUUCAGCUGUUGAAUUAACGUCACUCAUGUCAGAGAAUGAGCUGACCUUCCAGACUGACGAGUUUCAAUAAAACAGCAUUUUGAAAUCUUACUUUUAAGAUUUGUUAAUGAAACCGCAGCAGACUUAGUUGAAGGAAAUUAAAUCAAAUGUUAUGUGAAGGCUGAGAGAAACUUUAAAUAUUUUACAAUCGGUCUGUUCGAUAACUAAAACUAAUGCCCGACAGUUAAUGAAGUAUUGAUUUGUUAACGUUGAAGCGCUACAGCCUUCAAUUAUAAAGUUGUUCCUGCUAAUAGAGCAACUGUGGAGACACUACGGACAUGUAUAAUAAGCAGCAAACCAAACAACAUGUCAACAUAAAAGUAAAGGACUCAUUCUUCAGGCCACACACAUAUUAACACUAAAUAUUAGUUGUUGCUUUUUCACUGGGCUUAAAAUUAUGAUUGUACGUGCACCAUCAACUUACAAAUCAGACUUUUCAUGCAGCUUUUUUCUCCUGAAAUCUGCUCUGCAAACAUGUACGUAAAAGCGUAACGAUGCUCGACGAAACAUUAUUUAUUCAUGAAUAUCUCAUGAGACUGCUAAGAAUGUGCCAUGUAAAUCUGAGAUUAAAAGUUCUGCCGUUAUUUUUUAUCUCUAUGAACAGUAAAAAUGGGGGGGAGGGGAUAAAACGGGGUUCUCAACACGUGUAUCGUCCUGCUGUAAAUAUGUGUUACAGAGUCUAAAGCUUAGAUUACAAGUGAUAGUGUGAAUCUGUUUGUCCGUGUGAACUGACUAUUGGGGAAAUUUCUGCAGGGUAGUGUAUUGAAUUUGUACAGCAAAGCCACAUUUUGUUAAAACAGGUGACAGGAGGUACUCUGGCAGCCAUAGUGGAGAUCUAUUUAAAUAAUGGAAGGAUGGCAGCUUUUUGAGUCAUUGGAGAGUUACAGAUGGAAAAGAGCGCUGCCAGCAGAGUUGAGAAAAGAUGUACAGGAGUGCCAACAACUCAGCCGAGUCAUAUGGUAUUCAGGUAGUCAGAAACAUCAGGUUGUAGUCAGUAACAUCCUGAAAUUAAAAUAACUAAAGUCCAGGCAAAUCCAGGUAAGUUUUUAGUAAGUGUUAGCUGAAGUGUAGGAUGACAGGCUAAGCUACUAUAUGCACAAGAAAACGUAAUCUCACUCAUUCAUUCUAUCUUCAUUUAAACUAAGAAUACGUGAUGCUUAGGUCUUAUUUACAGUGAGAAAAUAAAAAUAUACAUACAGCAAAGCUAACAGAAUAAUAAAAACACUAAGAAUAAUUAGUGUUUAAGUCUCUGAACUCUGAGCAGAUUAUGGACAUUUUCUGCUACCUUCACAUUUUUACUCAACUCCUUUUUCACUGAAAGUCCUACACUUCUAUGGAAACAGCACAACUAUGGCUAGAAGGAGAGAAUUUAAAACUGUUUCAAUGCAGAAUGACGCGGGUAUGUUGCCAUAAAAAUCACACAAAAAAAAUGUUGAAUUUCUUUGAUUUUGCUACAUUUGAAAAAGUGUGGAAUCGAGAUAAACAACAUUUUUCCAAGUGCCCACAGGUGUUAUCAAUACUGGAAAAAAGAGCAAUUCUGUUUAUUAUAUUUUCUACUUUUAUUUUAAAUUUGUCCCCAUACUUGUCUCCUAUCUGCCUGCAGUUCAGCUGAAUAUUCCCUGAAUAUUGUGUCACCUCUGAGUCACUAAUGGCUUCACAGUGAUGCAGAAUGUUUAUUAUUUCACAGAAUCUGGUUGGAGCACAUGGUUUCUUUAUAGCAAAAUUUUGAAAGACACGGAAAGCUUCAUACAUCACACAUGAUUAGUUCAAAAACUGUUGUACGCUGGAAAAUCUUGUGUUACAGUUUCUGACUUUGAUAAAUGCUGUAAUUUUGGUGAUUUUUCUUUAAGAUAAAAAGAAUUUCAAAGUCUUCUGGUGAGCUUGGAGGUUCAGAGGGGUAAAAUUAAAUGCAUCGACUAAAACACAAACAGCUGGAGGUUAAAUAAGAAAACUAAGAACCUAACGGCCCUAUUGAUAAAAAUGAGUCAAGCCUUAGAUUGUUCUGCAGGUUAUUCCGGGUUGCAGGUGUACGAGCUCAGUAAAAACAAACAGCACCUGCAGCAUAAUCCAAUCUUUUGAACAAUUUUGAUAAGGGUCCAAGUUAAAAGAAAGCAACCAAACUGUAAAUAAAUAAGUUCUACUCUCUGUUCUGCCUUACAGAGAGGAAGGACAGCUCACAGUGAAGAUUAUUCUGAUUGUCAGCAAUGAUAAAGCUUAAUCCAGAGUGACAGAAAGUGUCCAAGGGCCUAAGAGUGACAGCCGAUGCAUGUAUGUAUGUAGAAAAUGUCACCACACAUACAUUAACAGAAACUACGGACCAAUUUUGAACCAUUGAGUACUGAACAAUGUGCCUUUAUAAUGUACUACAAUUCAGUUCCAACAUUGUGUCAGUUGCAUAAAAUCCGUUUAUUCCAGAUCAACCUUUAGCUUUAGUCUACAUAUGUAAUGUCUGGAAAGGUCAGGAGCAAAUUAGGUCUGAAUCAGUGGAACCGUUUCUACGCAGCAGGUUUCAGCUAUUCGCCUCACAAAGAAAAGUUCUGCACCGACACCGCUGUCAUGUUUGGAAAAGAAAACAGGGCUCAGUCGGUGCUGAAGGACUUUGACACCUGUCGCGGGCAGACACAUUUACUCUUGAAAAGUUGUGCACAAAGAUCAUCAGUCAUCCAGGUCAUUGGAAAGCCACACUGAGGCUCGUUUUUCAAAAGCAACUGAACUUUCUGUUUGGUGGCAAGGACAUUUUGCCACUUAUUCGAGUGACUGCGUCCCUCCUGUUGACCGGUGGGGAGCCUCGGGCGUUUCAACCUGUGUGACAUUUAAGUGACAUUUGAUGAGGUCAAGUGCCGUCAUAUGACAGCCAGAGUCACGGAAAUUAGAUUACGGAUUAUUAGCCUUCCUUUGAGAAGUCUGCUUUGAGAUCACUGAUGUGCUUUAAAUUCACAGAGUGCAGUCUCUACAGGGACCUUCACUGUGGCACCAGACAAGGCUGCUGAGAGUUUUCUGAUAGCUGCCACUCUCAAUACUGUACUGCAGGCAAACGCUUGUUCUGUUUUCAUUACUCAUUCUGCGUGCUGGGACCUUAACAUCUCCGGUGCAAAGGCUUCAUGUCACUUCUUGGGUAUGGUGGUGUGAUAUGUUGACACACGGAGCAGCAGAGCCACUUUGUAACCCUGAUUUGACCCCUUUUUGUAGAGACUUGCGUAUCCUUACUGAAUACAUCUCCUCACUUGGGCUGAGUGCCACUAUCUAUUAUACAUCAUGAAAGAAUUUAUUAUCCAGGGAUUUCUCUGCUUCACUGACAACCUUGAGACCCCGUUGAUACCGCUAGUUAUAAUUAGAUGUGAUUCAUAAAGUCUCAGGAACAUGCUGAGUGCAUCUGUGAGGGCUAUUUUAUAGGCUACAAAGCGAUACGGAUCAUAAUAGUUGGGUUUCAAAAGUAGAUAACUGAAUCUGAAGCAGCAUCAUAUCUGAAGCAUUUUGAGCUGCCUUUAAAAACCCACUGUGCAUUUGAAAAGCAUCUUACUUAUAAAGAGAAUUACCAAUGCGACACCAUUUGUCAAACCUAGAGACUGUAAAAACAAGGAAAUGUUUUAAUUGUCCGACAAUCUGAACUAAUCAUCUUUGACGUGCCAUUCUGUUGGGAAACUAACUAAAUGGAAGCCGACUAACUAACUAAACGAACAUUACCUUAUUCUACAGGUCUGAUUUUUAAAAUUCCACAAAAAAUGAACCGUAUGCUCUAACCAGAUCCUGUAAAAAACAAAAAAAUCUGUGCUUCUUUGUAUCAAGGAGAAGUCAUUAGUGACUGAGCUGAGCAUACACAGCGCAAAGAAGUACUGAAGCCGAUUAAAAACAGUAGUACAAAUGUAUAGUAUGCAGAGUCAUCAUUUUGUUUCCAGUAUUGGUAACAGCUGCAGAGGUGGAGAUGUUUGAUUUUUGUAAAAUAAGUAAUCAAAGAAAUUUAACUUUCAUUUUCCUUUGUUUAAGAUUUAUGGAAAUUUAACCACGAUAUAAUGAAUUAAAGACAGUUUUGAGCGCUCUACUUCUAGCCAUAGAUGUACCGUUUCCACAGAGAUGCAAAACUUUAUAUUGCAGUAAAAAAUACACUACGUACUUAUGGUUCAGAGGGUUAAAUGUAAUUUGGUUAAGGUUAAGUUUGAGAAGUUUGGGCAUCUUUUACCAACUCAAAAUCUAGGUCCAAGGUGCCGCCGGUGGUAUGCGGCCCAUUUUCACAGACCUAGUUAGGAAUGAGCCACAGCAUUUAAAAAAAAUACAUCAAAAGGUCAUGUUAGUUUGUUGCCUUUAUCAUCCUCACAGACGUGGCUAGACAUUGUGAGAUAUUGGACAUGUGCACAUUUUAACCUGCUUUACUUACACCUGCAAAACCUCUUACUGCAAUCUUUUUAAUUACAUGCUUUGCUUACAGAGAAAUAAAUCAGGGAACACCGAUAAAAAAAAAAAUAACCACCUUAUGGCACAAAAUCAAGAAUAGGACGAUGCAUUUGAUGCCAACUUUCAACAUUCAUACUUCAUAAAGUAUUGUAGUUCAAUACUCAACAUUUCCUACCAAACCAAAAUACUUUUCUGUAAAAUUGUAAUUUUCAAAUGGUUUUCCAACAGCUGCUAUGUUUUUUUUCUGGGUUUCAAGCAGUCAUUUACAUUACAUGUUUUCCUGCCAAAGACAUCAGGGGUAUCUACAAUAAUUUAAAAACACUACCAGACAGCUGUUAACUCUGGAAGCCCUGCUCGCCACACACUACUUCAGCACACACAGGAAGUGUGAAGGUCAAGUAAUGAAUGUAAUGCAACUGUACGUUUUGGUGCCUGUGGUGAAAAACAAAUCCUACACGUAUGGGUGAAUUACUGUGAACUUCUUUUUGGUACCUUUGUACAGUUUGCAUGUAAAUAAUGUACUAGCAUGUGCAGUUUUUGUGUCUGCACCUACGUGCUCGUAAAAAAUGUUAAAUGAUAAAAUCCAUUUGCUAGGACACAAAUGCAGAUAGUUUUUAUAGAAAGGAGACAGUAAGCUUUCACUGAAAGAUAGAAAGUAGACGCUGUCCUAUUUAAUUGUGAAGGGCUAAUCAUCACAUUAUCUAUUACCUCUGUGAUUGUCAGCACAAAUUAGAACUUCGAGGAUUAUACACAAAGCUCUCAGUGGAAAGAAAGGCUCAGUGCUGCUGCUUGGUGGCGUUUGUGAAAUAAAGGCCAUUCUCUUUGCACAUAACCUGCUGUAAUUUGCUACACGUGAAGGAGAGAGAAUUUAAUUAAGAGGAAGUUUAAAAUGGCAAACUGCUGUGCCUCUGGGAAAAGCAAAUUCCCAUAAUGAAAUAAAAUUUCAAACAGAUUUUGCUUUAAUCCUGUGAUACACUUUGGAAUAUAGUGUUGGUCAAGUGAUCACAUUUGCAUCCAUGGACAACGAAGACAGAUUUGCUUGAUAGAAGCAGUAAAUUGAAUAUGAAAUGAAGCAAAUAAAACAUCUGCUGAUUUCAUUUCUGACCACAUCUAUGUGGCACACGGCAUUCUAACUGCCUGAUGAAUUAUGUGCCGCCUUACUGGGGAUCACCGAAUCCCCACACAGCACUUACUACAUACCAACGCUAUAUUUGCGCUCUCAAAUAAUUUGCUUCUUGUUGGCUAAAACACUUUGUAAAUUAUUGUAGUUUUGCUAAGACAUGUGGGUCGGGACAAAUAGUCUGUGCUUUUGCUUUGUCGAUAAGCGUGAUGCGAAUUGAAGAGAGCAACAUCUGUGCUCCGAAUUCAUCCUGGCGUGGCGCUUUACAGUUCCUGGAAGUGUUUUCUUUCAAGACUUUUGAACCAGUGAGCGCUGAUGAAUCAUGAUUCUGACAUUGUAGUGGGAUUUGUUUGUUUGUUUUAAGCAAAUACAGGGUUAUUCUUUACUAUGUUUUUUAAAAUGUCUGAGAAAAGAUGACAAUUUGUCAGAAACAAUUCCCUAAUGUCUAUAGUUUGCUAAUUUCUGUUUUUAUACUGCAGUGUUGUCCGCUUGUGUAGUGAAAAUUAGCAUAUGUUAUUUAAAUGACGGGAAAACUACAAAUUUAUUUAAUUAAUUGACCAACUAACAGCUUAUAAUGCAAGUAUAGUAGUAAUAGAGAAUCAUUUCUGACAAGUUCUUCUUUGACUCUUCUGAUUACUUCUCGCUCUACCGUGCUGAAAAGCUGAUGCUUGCCUUCUGUGUCUCUGUUCUAUAUACUCUCAGUGACCAGAAAAAAGGGAGACUCCUUAACCUUGAACAGAGCUAUGAGGAGUUGUGGCAGACAAUUCCUGUACUGUCCUAGAUUUUAAAAAGCAGGAUUGAAUAGGUCAUGCAAUGCGCUGACAUUAUUUGCCAUGAAUGUUCUUUGAAAUAUUCCUUGGGUGUCUUUGUGUUGUGGCGGGAUCAAUGUAUUCUCAAAAACAGUAUUUGAUUGCAUGCAAUAUUCAGCUGCUGAAGUUUAAAUCAACAUUAUGUUGGGUAGAUGCUUUGAAGUUUUAUCCUACGUCAUUAUUAGUUUGUAUGACUGUAAAAAUGCGAUAAUUUUAUAUUUUAUUUAAAAGGUCCCACAUCGUGCACCUUUCAGCAAAUCAAAGAAAGUCUCACAUGUUCACAGAAUGUGUCGUUUAAAUUAUUAGCAAAAAAUACUGCAAAGAUAGUUCAUUUUACAACGACUGUAACUUCUACUUUUAGCCUUGUUCUCAGGGUUGUUUCAGUGUCUGCAUCUUUAAAUGAAGCUGAGCUGCUGCCGUCCCUGCCCCCUUCAGGAAGAAGACUCUCUCUGCCUGACAGCUGAUAUAAACACAAACAACUACCAUCAUUUGAUAGUUGUUUGGUGAAUUUGUCUGAUGCUGUUGCUAGGUUUGGAAACAUGUCAUUUUAAUGGGCUGCAUUUCAGUCACUAUUUUAUAACUGGCCAGCAUAACUGUUGCCCGCAUUAUGUGCUUAAACUAAGGAUUUUCUAACUGUGGGGGUAAUGCCAUGACUAAUCCACUGGAUCUUCAGGUCCUCAGAUGCUGGCAGUGCAUGAAGACUCUUGUGUUCACUCUUGCAACCAACAGCAGAUCAUUUGGUUUACUGUGUUGGUGACUCGACACAUUUUAGCGCAGAACACGCUCUAGAAAGUAAAUAAACUUGACUAACUGCAGGGUAGUUGCUCAUUCUAAAAGGCUCGCUUUAAAAGUGGCAGCCAGUGAGGGCCCAGUGAUGGUGGAAAUAUUUAGGUUAGAUAACUUAAUUAAUUCCUCAGAGAAACACUAGACCCAUGAACCAGGUUGAAGGCCUAAUGUUCCCCACAAUAGGAGCAGAGGAUUUGUUGUUCUGGUUACUGAGAGUAUAUUUUCUUUAAAAAAAAAAAAAAAAAAAAACUUUUUUGUUUUGAUAAUUCUGUAUGUAGCAAGUAUUGAAUCAGUGGGAAAAAGUUGUGAUUGUGUGUAUGCUUUUUAAACUUGUCAAACACACUUCUGUCUUGCCUUUGUAUCAAGAGAUAUUUUAUGUGCCCAAUGUGUGAGGGUACGUCUGUGUUCUUGUGAACAGCAACAUGUCCAAAUUAAUAAAGAUAUUGUAAGUACUAA